UAUAAUUUAAAAUUAACUGUAAUAUUUGUAAAUGUUUAUUUGAAUUAGACAUUCGCAUACUAUAUUUUGUUUAUCAUACACAAAGAGAAAUUAAGUUUGUAUUUUUACUAUAUUAUAAAUAAUUUUAAUACAAAACAUUAAUUACACAAUUAAAGUAUUUAUGUAUUAUAUAUAUAUUCUAUUACCAAUAAAAAUUAUUAUAAAAAAUAAUUUGUUUUGCAUGUCAGCAAGAAAGUGUGAAAUAACUGCUAUAAAAUUGUCACUUUCAAAAAUGUCCGUCAGCAGUUAAUACGGAAACUCUAUACAUCAUGUAUCGUUUACAGUUUUAUUUAGUUUAUUUUUCCUUAAUUCUAUUCGAUUUCAUUGAGUGUUUGCAAAAGGCCAAGGAUAAUGGUAAUAUAUAUAUUACCAAUGAGGAGUCAUUUCUUAAGGAUAUUAAACAAAGUACCGACGCCACUCUAUUAAGUUCUACCACCACUCAUAUGCCGGAAAAUCCUAAUAUUAUUAAUUUUGAUGAGAUGAUUUCGUUAUGCAAUUCUAGUUUUUAUAUACCAAUGCAAUAUUAUGUGAAAUUUAAUACAACGGGUCAAUUGCCCGAUCUGGUGGAUAAAACAGGCAUGUGUUUCGUACGUUGUGUAUAUGAAAAAUCUGGCUUAAUUGAUAAUUGGAAAUUGAAUGCUGUAAAAAUACGUGCAAAUAUUUGGCCAGCUACGGGUGAUAGCAUAGAAGUUUGUGAAAAAGAGGGAGCUAAAGAGAAAAAUGCCUGCGUGAGGACAUACGCGAUUGCAAAGUGUCUGACAUUGCGUGCACUGGUCGAUGCAAGAAAUAAACCUAUGUAAACCAAAGGUAACAUUUUUUUAAAUUCAAGGCGAACAAGUGGAAAUAGUUUUGGAUUUUAAUAAAAAUCAUAAUUUAAAUAUGUAUGUUGUUAAAAUAAAGUAUAAACUGUUAAUAUUUAUGAAUAAAAAGAUUAAUAAAAUUAUUUAGAGGCUGCAUUCCUUCUUGACAACAAAUACAAUUUUGUUCAAUGUAAUCUAUAGAAAAUUAUAGAAGAUAAAUUUUCUUCGAUUUUGAAAUCGAAUUUCAUUACCAAGCUAGCAUUUGAAAGAUUGUUGGGUGAUUAAUCAGUAAACUGAGUCAUUUUUGACUCAAAAACGAUUAGUUAUUUGGCUCAUUAAUGACUCAAAAAAGUUAAAAAAUUAGUCAUAAUUGAUAAGAAGUGGGGCUC